AUGCCUCAUAAACGAGCCAAAAGAUCCGUUAGAGAGGCUGAGACGGCCAAAAAAGGAACCAACCUUGCCCCAUCUUCCAAAUCCCUCAAUUCGGCAUACGAUGACACACCCAAAUCUGCCUCGAGGAUAAUAUCAGGGUGGAAAUUUCAAUCUGAAUUUCGUAAGAGCGGUAAAACGAAUAGUGAAGAUACUGGUGAAUAUUCCAAACCAUCAAAUUCCAACUCCAACUCUUCGACUACAAAUGGAAAAGGCAAAGGUAAAGCUGUAGAUGCAUCGGAGAUACCGAAGAUAUUACCUAACGAGACGUUGGGAGAAUACAAUCGACGUAUUGAAAAUCUAUUACGAUCGGGCGUAUCAAAAGCUAUCAAAGAUGCUGCCUCCACUAAAGCUUUGGAAGUUGCUCAAGCCAAUAGGGAUAAGAAAGUUAGAAAGAGGAAAGCCAAGUUGGAGAAAUUGAUCAAAGAUGGGAAAGUACCUAAGGAAGCGUUGGAGAAGUACCUCAAGGAAGUAAGAGAGAAGGAAGAGCAGAGGAACGAUAAUCAUAGUAAAGGUAAACGGAAGAGGGAUAAUGAGGAGGACGACGAGCUGGAUGAAGAUGGGCAGGGAAAGCAGGCUAGACCUGCCAAAGAAUUCAAAGAGAUGGAAGGACCUAGGAGAUUAAAUGAUAUAGUCCAAGCACCACCUCAAUUACCACAUCUACGCAAAUCCGGUGAGAAGAAGACUAGUACGAAAGAAGCGUAUUCCGCUAUAGGGAAGAAUAGUGAUAAGAUACCGCUCAAUGCCGGACAGAAGAGGAUCUUGGAAGAAGAACGAGAGAGGGUGGUGAGGAUGUAUAGGGAGAUGAAAGCGAAGAAAGAGGAGGAGAAGGGGAAGAAGGUUUGA